AUGGCAGCUGAAGAAAUUAAUGACUAUCCAGUAGAAAUUCACGAUUAUUUGUCAGCAUUUGCGAAUUCCAUUGAUGCUGCGGAUGAGAUGCUGAAGAACAUGAUGUCUGUUUCUAGAAAUGAGUUGUUGCAGAAGUUGGACCCACUUGAACAAGCAAAAGUGGAUUUGGUUUCUGCAUACACAUUAAAUUCAAUGUUUUGGGUUUAUUUGGCAACCCAAGGAGUGAAUCCUAAGGAACAUCCAGUAAAGCAGGAAUUGGAAAGAAUCAGAGUAUAUAUGAACAGAGUCAAGGAAUUAACAGACAAGAAAACGGCUGGCAAGCUGGACAGAGGUGCAGCUUCAAGAUUUGUAAGAAAUGCCCUCUGGGAACCAAAACCGAAAAAUGCAUCCAAAGUUGCCCAUAAACGAAAAAGUAAAAGUUAA